AUGAGAAUAUUUCCAUAUAUUGUAUUUCCUGCGGAGGCAGAGGCAUUAGUUGCAUCACUUGCAGACCUGGAUUAUGAAACAUAUGGAAGCGAACAUUGGUAUAAACAGCAUACGUAUUUGGACAAAUUAAAUAUGCAAGCUGUCGUAUCAGCCAGAGCGAGAUCAGACGAGUUUGUAAAGGAAUUCAUUAUUUCUCAUCAGAAGGUCGGUUUCCUCAUCCGUGACCUAGUGUCUUCCGAAUUAUGGCGACAAAAGAUUUUCAAACGACUGCUAAAAAGCCUGUCGAAUGAUGUACCUACGUUUCCUAUCUACGUCAUACUGUACCACGAGUUGAUAUUGUCAAACUUGCUAGAAACAGUGGCCUAUCAUAUGGACGUUGUGGAUAGCUUACGUGAUGAUGCGGUGGACUUGUGUGAUUGGUGUCACAGAGCCCUCUGUCGUCUUGUUGCUGCUACUUCUAGUGAGGAAAAGAAAGCGGAACUUCACAGCCUUAAGGACCAACCGAAUUCAUCGGAAACCAAUGAGGCGGAAUUGUGCCGUCAGGCAAAAAUACUGACAUACGAAAUAGGCAUGAAGGCAGUUUCCUUGUCUCGCCACCUGAUUGACCACAGCUGCAGCAGUUACUCGGCCUCAGUGUCCGGGUCAACCCUGCCUCUCAGUGUGGGUCGCCGACUUCUCCACACCCACGACUUCCUCAUCCUCCUCUGCCACCUCAUCGACUUGGCACCCUGGAAUUGCGCGGCAGCGCCGAAGAAGGACUGUUACGCCCGCCUCGUCAAGUACCAGUGGCAUGAGUCGGGCUGUUGGAUUGCUGAGACGGAUGACAAGAACUGGACUGUUUUGACCAAAACUGAAGGCCAAGUGUGGCUUUCAAUCUACCAGCUGCUCUUCUCAAACCUAAUCCCCUCAGUGAACUACGACUUGACAGCUAGCCACAGGAAGCAGGCGCUUCUGCGUCUGCGACCGCAUUUAACCGAGGUUUGCAUCGACGUGAUUCCCGUGUUGGGCGAACUGCGGCGUUUCCUGGAAGAAUUCGCCGUCUGCGAGGGUUCAGCGCUUGCCAGUCGUGGACAGGCAGUGAAAGGACACUCUGCAAGUGCGUCAGCUGUUGCCCAGCUCUGCCACGUUGAAGUCAUAGCAGACAUCUACGAGGGCAUUCAACAGAAGUACCGAGGCAAGUGGAAGGAGGUGGCGAGUGAGUUUAUGCAGCGCAUUCAGUCCGAGGCGGGUCGGGAGUCGGCGAAGCGCGCGGCCUCGAAGUGGGCCGACGCCUUCACCGAGGACAACGUGAACGCCCUGUUCGGCGCCGACGCCACCGGCGACACCUUCGAGCACCCCCUCCUGCCACCGCCGCGGUGCGUGGAGUGCGGCGAAAUCGCCACCAAAAGGUGUUCUCGAUGUCGCCAGGAGUGGUACUGUCGAAGGGAGUGCCAGGUCAAGCAUUGGCCACGACACAAGAAGGCCUGUGAUAUAUUUGUGUCCUGUGCAGCAGCAGAUGGCGAGAAAAAUGGCCGUGACAUCACCUGA